AUGACAGAAAAAACGAAAAGUCUAGUUUCCCAGUGGUUCCAAGAGAACGCAUACGGUACCACAGAAUCUCGCUAUCAACAGGAGCAAGGACCGACGACCGAGCACCAAGCACCAAGCACCACGGUCAGUGAUAUAGCUUGCCCCUCAAUAUUCUAUACGAUGUCAUUACAGUUUGUUGCCAAGAGCUCUGUGAGUAAGGUGCUGGGUGCCAGAUCGUUUUCGCAGUUUCCAUGCUUACUCCAGCAAAAGUCGGAUGCCACUGCCCCCCAUAAUAAUCAUGUGCCUAAUGCGGAGCACGAACCAGGCUUACUCACGUGGAUAGAUUUUUUCAAGCUUAGAAAACAGGAACGUCGGAUUAACACAGGUAGUUCUGUGUUCACGGCAUUAAUAGGUACUCAGAUCUCGUGGGCUUAUCUCUCCACGAUGCAGAUCGACCCCAUGCAGACUAUAUUUGGUUUUGAUCCGCUAGUUGUCAUCUGUGGGACUCUUGCUGCCUCCGGGGGAUUGGGGUUCCUUUGCGGGCCUAUUGUUGGCUCCUGGCUAUUUAAACUCAAGCAUAAACACCAACUUGCUUCGUACACGGUUAAGAAUAAGGCUUUCUUGCAGCAUAUUAAAGACAACCGGGUCGAUGCCAGUUCCCAGAGUUUUAGCAACCCGGUUCCAGACUACUAUGGCGAAAGGAUAAGCUCCUUAAAGGAAUAUAGACAGUGGCUCAGAGACUGUCACUCCCACAGAAGAAAGGCGAAGGAGUUCUUGUAA